UUACAACGCAGUUUGGCACAUUUUAAAACAAACUGCUGAUUAUGGCUGAAGAAAAUUGUGACACAACCACUUUGCGCAUUUUAAAGCUAAGCAUUAUUGAUUGCUUGAACUGCCAGCAUGAUGAAUUGAGCUUCGCGCCACAGAGCAAUGUGCACUUGUUGCUGUACAAUCUGGAGCAGCAGUCAAAGCAAGCGCUGCCAAGGACGCCAGUGGCGCAGGCGCUGCAGCUGCUCUGCACGUUGGACUAUGUGGAUGCGCAAAGCUUGGAGCGCAUGCCGCAGCUGCAGCUGGGCAAGGGCGAGCUGCGACUGACUAUGAAGCUUGAAUCCAAACAGCAGCAGCGUGAGGCUGACUACGACUCUGAGCUGGAGCUGGAUAUGGAGCCCAGCACUUCGGCGCAGGCCAGAGAGCGUGAGGAGCAGCGACGCGCGCGCAAACGCAGACGCGCAGUCAUCAACUGUGAGGUGCGCGUGGUGCGUCGCUUUGACAAUGAGCUGGAGCUGCAUCGCAUGAUGUAUCAAAUUGAUGAGCAGCCCUGGCAAACGGUCACUGUGCUUGAGUUUCACAGUCUGUUCUUUGUGCAGCCGGCACAUGGCAGCGAGCAGCUUGGCGGCGACGCUGAGCAAAGCUACGCCAGAGAUUGGCUGCGCGUCAUACAGGCGCAGGAGUUGAGCUACAAUGCCAGCCGCGACGGCAAUCCUUUCGACAUCUUUGUCAAGCUUUUCAAUAGCCAACAGGCAGUGCCUAAGCAGCUGCUCUGCAAACUCACCAGCGCAUGUGUGGAGUGCACUGAGCAGUUGCGUCUGGCCGAGCGUCGCUUUGUGCUGCAAGUUUUCCGCCACGUGCGUCAAAUGUUUGAGUACAUCACAGACAAUGAUUAUUCCGUUUGGUUCUUUGUGCCAAGUCUCAAUCGCUACGAGGAGCUCGAUAGAGUGCAUGUGGACGACUUUGAUUUGCGCAAUGUGCGCACCAGCAUCAAAUUGACGCGCGAUGGCAGCGAAUUCUUUUGGCAUCACGCCGAGCACAACAUCAAGGACAUUCUGCAUGUGGCCUUUCAAUUGGUGCUGGCCAAGUUGUCCAGACAAUCGCUACUGUUCAUUGGCAGUUUGGAGCAGCUGAACGACUUCAUUUGCCUGCAGUACAUCAAAGCUGCGUUCAUGAACAGCGUCUAUGCAAAGGAUCAUUGGUACUGCGCACGCUAUUUGCAUCGCAUGCUCGAGCUGGCGGAGUCUAUGGAACUGCUGGUGAUUAUCGAGUAUCCGAGUGGGUUGACACUGCUGCCCGAGCAUCGAGCUGUCAUCAAAUGCAUACAGCAGUUGGAUGCACUAACUGGCGAUGUGAAGUGGAACCUAUUUGAGGAUAUUACGCUUAAGUCAAAUGCUGCACUAGCGCAACUACAGCAGGCAAUUAAUUUGAAUUGAAGUUGUAGCAAAUGGAAAAGGGCAUUGCUCAGCAAGAAUAAAG